CAUCCGCAUUUGCUUUGUCCCCGGGCAGGAGAGUGCCAAGAUUUCCCAGAUGUUGACGAAACUAAGAUUCCUCGAGGACUCUCCGAGGUUUGAAACAGAAAUUCCAUAUGAAUUAUAUGGCCACCCGAAAUUUGACUCUGGUCGAAUCACAAACUGUACUUACACGGAAGUUGAUAAUAUUCUCAUUGAGGAUGUUCGCCAAAACCCAAAAAAUUUCACUCUCGAGAAUGCUGGGUUCACAUACAUCACCCAUGAGUCCAUUUGCUCUUUGGCUUCCGAACACUUUGAGACCGCUGGGAGUAAUCUGGAAAAAAGUCCUAUUGUCACAGCAUACCUGGAAGAGACAAUGUCGUUGGUGAAGGAGCAAACUUCUGCCGACCGAGUGAUUUGUUUCGAUUGGAGGUUCAGGCGCAGUGGAGGGCCAAAUGACAUCAAGUCUGAUCCUUUUGAGGUGGAAGAUAUCCGUUUUCAAGCCGUCCGGCCUGGCUUUCUCGUUCAUUGUGAUUUCUCUCACGAUGGCGGUCUGGAACGACUCGAGAUGCACCUGCUUCCCGAAGAGCUUGAAUUGGUCAGAAGUGGCAAGGUAAAGGCAAGAAUCAUCAAUGUUUGGCGCCCAUUGGGGACUGUUAAGAACGCUCCACUGGUGCUUACAGACCGUCGUUCUGUUCAUAAGGAAGAUCUGAUCGAGGUCGAAAAAGUUCUUCCCGACAAAGUCGAACGAGCUUACUUUGUCAAGUAUCAGGCUUAUCACCGUUGGUAUUAUCUGUCCGAGCAAUCGCCAAAGGAUGUGGCCAUGUUUGUAACUUGGGAUUGCGAUGAAGAAGAGGUGAAGGCAGCAUAUCCCCCUCACGGAGCGGCUUCGCAAUUUACUGAAGACCCAUACGAAUGCCCCCGAGAGAGUGUGGAGGCUCGACUGAUUGUUUUCACGUCUCGAAUGUAGUCGAGAAGGAGUAAACGUCUCUCGGCGACAGGUCACUUUCAAUUGCACGAGCACAUAUGUUUCAUACUCUCAAUUUCAUGAAUUUUUCAUUCGUAU